AUGAAUCGUUUGUCGAAAUGGUUGCAGAAAGAUCAAGAAGAGGCCGUCACGAGAAAUCGUCGAAGAGCCAUGAUGAUGUCUGCCGCUGCCUUGCAAAUCCAAGAGCUGGAAGAUGAGGAUUCACAAUGGGGUGGUUCCUCAGAAGGUCGUACUUAUAAGGCCAGGGAUCGAGAGAUUAUGGAUCUUCGACUCAAAGCUCAAUACUUCACGGAUCCGUGCAGGUAUGAACCAAACAUAUUUCGUAGGCGAUAUAGAAUGCAACCUUGGGUCUUUGACAGGAUGAUGCGCGAUGUGACCAACUACGACCCAUAUUUUGUUCAGACAAGAGAUGCUACUGGGAGAGUCAGCUUGUCCACUGAACAAAAGCUUACAUGCGCCAUGAGGAUGCUCGCGUAUGGAAUCACAGCUGACUUCUGCGAUGAUUACCUAGAUAUUGCGAAGUCCACUGCUAUUGAGAUUUUUGAGCACUUCAUGAAAGCAAUCUGGAAUGUUUACCAUGAGACUUACCUCCGCCAACCAACACCGGCAGAUUUGCGACGGCUACUCGACAAAGCUGCAGAAAGGGGAUUCCUGGGGAUGAUCGGGAGCCUUGAUUGUAUGCAUUGGCAGUGGAAAAAUUGCCCCAGCGGAUGGGCAGGGCAGUAUACUGGCUACAAGGGGAAGCCGACAAUCAUCUUGGAAGCUGUGACCUCCUACGAUACUUGGAUUUAG